ACGAUAUCUAAAACUUCACUCUCAUUGGUCGCCGCGCUCCACCUUUUUAUCUCCUUUUUUAAAAGCGAAAAAUAUACGAAAAACUCACCCUGUCAGCAGUAUAACAAAGAGCUUAGGGUUCCAAUUGAGGCGUCAAAAAUUUGCAGCCAUUACCAGAGAAAAUGGUGAAGGACGAGGACUGUCACGCUUCAAAGGACUCAUUCCGUGCCUGGAGCAUCCCUAAGCUCUGCGAUGCCUGCAGAAUUACAAGCUGCUUGCUUUACUGUAAGGCGGAUUCUGCUUAUUUGUGUAUGGACUGUGAUUUAAAGGUUCACGGCGCAAAUAAAUUGGCGUCAAGGCACGAGAGGGUUUGGAUGUGCGAGGUCUGUGAGCAGGCCCCUGCGGCCGUCACUUGUAAGGCCGAUGCCGCCGUCCUUUGCCUCACCUGUGACGCCGACAUACAUUCUGCAAAUCCCCUGGCUCGCCGUCACGAUAGGCUCCCUGUAGUGCCUUUCUUUGACUGCGCUAAAUUCAUCAAACCCUCGAUUACCUAUUCUGACGCUGUUUGCUUCAAUUCUGACGCCGUUGAAGACGAUGACCUUGCUGCUUCGUGGCUGUUUCCAAACCCUAAGCAUACUGAGGGCGUCAAGAACUGCAGCGACGCCGAGACUGACGCCGGCGAGGGGUUCGGGAAAGGCGACGGGAUCGGGUGUCAAAAUAAGGGGUGUUUUGUGCCGGAGUUUUUUCCAGAUGUAGAUCCUUACCUGGAUUUGGAAUACGCUUCGUCGAUGGAUACCGGGAAUCGGUUUUCCGGCGGUAUGGACAGCGUCGUUCCAGUUCAGAGCCAUGGCAGCGGCGGCAGCGUCGUUGACGCCUCUACGCUUUCUGACAGUUUUGACGCCGAUCCGUCGUCCUGCAAGGCCAAUUACAGUUAUACGUCUGCCACGUCAUUCAACCACAGCUUAUCAUCCUCUUCAUUGGAUGUUGGGGUGGUCCCAGAUGUCACGGUGAAUGAUAUAUCGACACCCUUCAAGAGAGUGAUGGUGGAGGUGGGAGGGCAAGGGACAAUCCAUUGUAUUCCAUUGGAUCGUGAGGCAAGGGUGAUGAGAUACAAGGAAAAGAGGAAGAAUAGAAAGUUUGAGAAGACAAUUAGGUAUGCUAGUAGGAAAGCCUAUGCUGAGACUAGGCCACGAAUUAAAGGUCGAUUUGCUAAGAGGACAGAUGUCGAUGUUGACCAGAUGUAUGCAUCAGUUGAUCUUGGAUAUGGCCUCGUUCCCUCGUUUUAACUCAUGUUUUUUUCUUUUUCUUUAUUUCUUUUGGAGGUUUUCGUGAGCCAUUUGGUUGCUUGGCAAAUGGUUGCCCUCCAGUUGGUCGGUUGUUAAUAUCCUUGCUUUCAAUUGUAUUUUUACAAGGCAUUAAGCUCUCACACUACCUAAUUUUGGAGUUUUUGCUAGACAUCUCACCAAGAUGUCUAGUUUGUACCAUUUAUGGGAUUCACCCCACCUCUUCAUUGUACUAUCUAACUUGUAUUUUGUAAUUUAAUGGGAAAGGUUUAAUUUCAA